GAGUCACGCGCUUAGGGGGCUGCGACAUCGCUCCUGGAGCUGUAUCAGGCCGACACGGCAGUGAGCUGGAGGAAGUUAAACUGGGGAACUUGGUCAGGUGGCCGCAAGAAGGAAAAGAGGCAGAAGGGCCUACUCUGUGCAGCGGUGAGCUGGGAGCCAAGGGUGGUGUAGGCUUUAUGGACUGCAAGCUUAGAGUGCAUGCAAGAAAGGUAUAGAGGCAAGGCUAAAGGCAACCAUUUGGGACUCUUGAAAUCAGUGCCAGUGAGACUGUCGACUCAGGACACAGCAAAAAGAGCUGGUGACUCAGCAUCAGGACUGGCGGUAGAUUUAGUAACUCAGCCUCAAAAGAGGAGAAGACUUUGUGGUUUAGCAUCGGGAUCUGGCAGGAAGCACAGGUGACUUGCUAGCAAAGCUCAGGGUAUAGCCAGCAAGGUAGAGAGGUGGGGUGUAUAGCCAUGAGACAGAAUCUUGUUGAGCUGGCAUAUAACUGGAAUAAUCGUAACUCAGAACUAAAUAAAAUACAAAAGAAGUGACAGCCUAUUAGGGUAUAGAGGAUUGAAAUAUUAAUCGUUGUGCCAGAGUGGUCACAACAUCAGGACACACUGGAUUGCAUUAAGAGCUUUAACUCCAGAGUACACACAGCUAGUGAUCAAAGUGGGUGUGGUCAGCGCAAAUGUGGUGUCACUAGUGGCCAAUGAGAGCAGGAUUAAUCAGACUAGACGGGAUUAGUGACUAUCAAUUCAGAGUAGGAGGGGUUAGGGCCUGUCUCUCAGCAAAGGGUGUAGACUGAAGUUGGUGUUUGGGAGACAAGGGACUUUUGGACCACAGUACUUAAGACUAGUGGUGAUAUCAACUAAAUUAAUGAUUCUCAGUCAAACAAAUAGCAACUUCAGCACAGAUUGGAUUUUUUUUACUUAUUACUGGACCAGAAUGUUUGGCAGUAGGGACUGUUGAGCCUGAGCAGGCUUCUGGACAGGCUUCAUGAAUCUGUGCAGAGUAAGCAGGGUAAAGUUUGUCUGGUUGGAGUGGAAGUGGUCAGAAAAGAUUCGGCCCACAUAGGGUGGGACCAGUGAGUGUCGGUGUGUUUUGAAGUAGAAUAGACAACCUUGGUAAAACCAGAGAUAAGUGCCUGUUAGGUUCACAAAUAGGCUGGAAUAGUUCUUGGUAGGUGAAGUGGGUUGGACUAAUGUCUGUAGACCCUCACUGGCUUGUAUUAAAGAUAGAAACAUGAAAGUAUAGAAGGGUGUAGAGUCUCUUAUGUUUGAGUGGUUAGGAUUGAAUGGCUGAUACUAAUGGUCAUUGUGACACGGGUCAUACUGGCCAAACUAAAAUAGGGCAGGCUCAAUGUCACAGAGUUCAGACUUACUGAGUGUAAUUAGAAAAUCCGUAUUACAUUAUACUGUGUAGUAUAGUGACAGCAUGAGGGUAUAGUUGGGGUAGACACAGUGGAUACUAGCUGAUAAUCACAGAAAAGUGGGCAGCUACAGUGGUCCACUGAAGGACAACAGCGUGUAGAAAAAAGGAAAGAAGAAGAGAAAUGAAGGAAAACCGAACAAUGGCCUGGGGUCGGGCGUUAAAUUUGGUCCUGUGCUGUAGCUGUGUAAGGAAAAGGCGACCAGAAGAAGAGAAAAAUGCAGAACCAGAAUGCAAACGGACAAGAGGAGUCAAGUUGAGCCAGGGGACAAUGGAUAAAAGCUUAGCAGGUCAUUUUCCAGAGUGGAGAAGACAACACACACAUAUCCAAAGGGAGGGAGCAGAUACAGGAAGUUCAAUGGAUGAGGAGGGUCCUCACUCAAGGACCCAUCAGUACACAGAAAGGCAACACACAAAUGGAACAGACACCUCUCUGGAAAGUGUGGACAGCCCUUCAAUCAAGAGGUCCCAGCCUCUGUCCAUCCAACAGAGCAGACUUAAAGAAGAAGUGCCCCAGGCAUCAUCUCUGCCUUCAAUCCCCAAUCCCUUUCCUGAGCUCUGCAGCCCUUCCAAUUCUCCGAUUCUCAUUGGUUCUCCACUGGGUCAGGGCAUUUCGAACGCAGGGGCUACACAUGUUGUAAAGGUGUCAAGUGAAGAUGGAUGGUGCCGCACUCUAACUGUCACUGCUAGCACCACAGCUCGAGACAUCUGUCACCUGUUGGUUCAAAAGAUGCACUGUGUGGAUCAAGAGAGCUGGGCGCUUGUGGAGCUGCACCCGCACUUGGGAUUAGAGCGAUGUCUUGAAGACCACGAAACAGUAGUGGGGGUCCAAGCCACGUGGCCUCUUGAAGGCGAGUGUAAGUUUGUCUUCCGCAAGAACUACGCCAAGUAUGAGUUUUUUAAGAAGCCAAUGUUGUUCUUCCCAGAACACAUGAUCUCUGAUUGUGUGGACGCCAACAAAGGCAUGACCUCAUCGGAGCUCAUCCAGAAUCUGCUGAACUCAGGAAGUUGUCCGGAGAUACAGGGGUCUCUGCAUGUCAAGGACUCCACCAGGAAGGUCUGGAAAAAAUGCUACUUCUUUUUGAGGAAAUCUGGUCUCUACUUCUCCAACAAGGGUGAUUCCAAGGAACCUCGACAUUUGCAGUACGUUGCAGACCUGGAGGAACUCAACAUCUAUAGCAUCUCUCACAGCAAAAAGCUACACAGCGCCCCCACAGAAUUUGCAUUCUGCGUCAAGCCUUGCAGGAAUCGUAACCGAAACCGGGACCUUAAGUUGCUCUGUGCUGAAGAUGAGCAAAUCCGCACUUGCUGGAUCACCGCCUUCAGACUCUUUAAGUACGGCAAGCAGCUUCAGUGCAAUUACCAGCUGUCUCUGUCUAUGAAGAGUCAAGGGAGAGCCUCGGAAUCCUCCACCAAGAAAUGCCCAUCUGACAACUGCCUCGUAGCUAUGGAUUUCUCAGGAACCAUGGGAGGACGUGUCAUUGAGAACCCACGAGAGGCCCAGAGUGUGGCUUUGGAGGAAGGACAAGCCUGGAGGAAGAAAACCAAUCACAGAUACAGUCUCCCAAACAGCUGCCGCAGUUCCUUCAACACUGUGAUUCACCGUACACAAGCUUGGUUCCAUGGGGGGAUCUCACGUAAGGAAGCUCAAAGGCUGAUCAUGGAACAGGGACAUGUGGAUGGAAUUUUUCUUAUCCGUGAGAGCCAGCAGCACGCCAAAUGCUUUGUUUUAUCACUCAGUUUCCAGUUGAAAACCAAGCACUAUCUCAUCAUACCGUGUGAAGACGAUGGUCGCUUCUACUACACCAUGGACGAUGGAGAAACGCUUUUCACAGAUCUCAUCCAGCUGGUUGAGUUUCAUCAGAUCAACCGAGGAAUCCUUCCUGUGCGUCUACAGCAUUACUGCGUUCGGGUAGCUCUUUGAUUCCUCUACACUACAUAAAGGGAUCUGAACAGAACUAAAUCCAAAUGGACCCAUUCAUCCAAAGACUAAAGGGAAAUCACUUGGAUUUUGAAGAGGCAAAUUUAGAAUGGCGUAUAACAGGAAUACUGUGCACAUAAACUAAAUAUAUACUAUUAAAUAUACAUAUAUAUAUAUUUAAUAGUAUAUAUAUUUAUGUAAAACACAGUAUAGUUUAUAUUUUUUGCCAUUUUCAGGACCCGUGUCUCCUUUGGAUUACCAUCUCUCAGGGACUGAUCCUUUCUACAGCUCACCAAUGCUGACCCUGACACAUAUAUCACUUGAACUUGCAAAUCUCUAUGUGAUCAUCUGCAAAAAAAUUAAAAAUUAAACAAGUCAGACUCUUGGGGAAAAAGUAAUUUAAUGGAUGGAUGGCUAAAGACAUUUACAUGGAUAGCAAAUGUAUAAUGUAUGAUUAAUUUCUUGUCCAACAUGUCUUUUUAAGCAUGUGGUCUUCCUAAAGUCAUGCCUUCCACUGUAGUGGUGUGCAUUAUAAUUGCACAUGUAAAGUAAACAGUGGACUGGAAAUCCUCCAACAUCAUAACUAUUACAUGGCACAACUAAAUGAUGUGAGCUUUCAUCUUUAGUAACAGUGGUAUGUGACAUCCAAAAGUAUGUGUCUAUGUGCAAAAAAAUCCAAAGUCCAUAGUUAGUGCUCAGAAAUCUGUUUUUAUGAGACAGAGUACAUCAAGGGCUAGGUUUAAAAAUGGAAACAUAUUCACAGUCAGUAAAACAUCUACCCCAGUUUGAACAGUGUUACUGAAGGUGUCAAGCUGUGCAGUAAACUCAGUGGGAGCAACAACUCUGAUCUAGAAUGGAAGCAUCUGUGAAGUUACUGAGAGUGAGUAAGCUCAUAAGACACAGUCCCAUGCAGGAUUCGGCUCUAUUUUCUAGUAUUAGGCUUGCAUAUGGUGAGGUGGGUGGCUGCAGCUGCCAUUCGUCACUAAGGCAAACCAGAGUCUGUUGCUUCCUCACAGGAGUAGAGUCAAGGGCAAGGGGUGUUUUGAACUCAAAAGGCACCCACCCGGCUGACAGUUUGCUCUUUUGUCACUAGAGGGCAGACUUCUUCAAAGCUCCGGCUGUACUGCCAGCCUUUCUGCAUGCUGUUUGUUCCUUCCCUCUUAAACAGUCAACUCAACUUGAGCCAUUGAAAUGAUGAGUUUUUAAAAAUAGAUGAAUAAAAGAUGUCAACGUAGAGCAUUUACUUUUAAUAUAUUUUGUACUAAAAAAAGUAGCAUCUGUAUUGUAAACUUGCAAAGUGGCAAAUCUAUUUAUAUAUCUGUAUAUACAACCUUCAUGCCUUGAAUAAAAUUUGCCUUUCAUUUGCUUUAA